UGCGGUUGCGGGGCGAGCGCUGGGAGUGGCGAGCUGAGUGAUGGGAAGUUCUGGGGGAUGAGGGAAGGGAAGUUUGUGAGUGUCAUUGAUGUGAGAGAUAGGAGGGUUGAUGGGGGCUCGAGAGGUCAGUGAAUUCGAGUCUGUGGACAAAGUUAUGGGGCUGGUUAGGAUUGAGUGGGUUUUAUUAAACUCUGGCACAUUUUCCAGCACAGCGGCCUGCACAAAGGGUUCAUGCGCAUCCCUCACCCGCAUCUUUAGUCGCGAGCCACCUCGCCCUCUCUUCUGACAGUUCAUCCUAGCCCCGAGGCAGGAACCUGGGUUGCACCAAUACCUAAAAGCGUCUUUGGAGCACCUGAGCGAGACGACCCCAGUGAGCUCAACUUUCAUAUAUCUGUCUUCCAAGAAGAACUGGAAAUGGCCAAACCUCAAGCUAUCCUAGAAGUUGAUAUACAGCCCAGGCUGGCCUCAAAUUUGUGGAUCCUCCUGACUUCACCUCCUGGGCAUUGAGAUUGCAGGUGUGUACCAUCACACCUGGCCCUCUGGUGAACUAGUGACAUUUGAGGAUGUGGCUGUGGAUUUCACCCAGGAGGAGUGGCAGUACCUGAACCCGCCACAGAGGACCCUUUACAGAAAUGUGAUGCUUGAGACCUACAGCAACUUGGUCUCUUUGGGCUCUGAAGACCAAGGAGGUAUCUAUCAUUGCUCAUCUCCAGAUCAACAGGUUACUAAACCAGACCUCAUCCUCAAGCUGGAGGUGGAAGAGCUGGGCCCAGACAAUGGGAAAAUUCCAAUUUGGAACUUUCCAGACUUGGAAUCAGCAACCUCUGCAAAGGUCUCUGGUUCCUGUGAGAACAGCAUCUAAAGAAGUCUCCCAAGUUGAUGAACAGUUUGAGAGGCAGCACCAGGAUACCCAAGAUAAGUAUCUAUUGAUGCAAGUUGGAUUUCCUGACAACAGAAUAAUUACCACCAAGAGUGGCCAGGACUGUACUGAAUUUGGAGAUAAAUUUCAUCUGAGUACAAGCCUUGUUGUUCCAAUGCAAAGAUCCCAUAAAUUUGAAUCAUUUGGAAAUAAUAUGGUAGACAAUUUAGAAUUAUUUAUAAGAAGCUCUGCAGAAAAUAAACAUGAUAAUGAAUGUGCAAAAUUUUUCUUCCAUGCUGAAUAUGAAAAACCUAAUUUUAUUGUUAAACCCUAUGGAUAUAAAGAAUAUGAGAAAGCCCUCAGGCAAAAGAAAGGUCUUAGUCUUCAUCAGAGAAUUAAAAAUGGAGAGAAGCCUUUUGAAUGUACUGCAUGUCAGAAAACCUUCAGCAAGAAGUCACACCUCAUUGUACACUGGAGAACUCAUACAGGAGAGAAACCAUUUGGAUGUACUGAAUGUGGGAAAGCCUUUAGCCAAAAGUCUCAGCUCAUCAUACACCUCAGAACUCAUACAGGAGAGAGGCCCUUUGCAUGUCCAGAAUGUGGCAAAGCCUUCAGAGAAAAGUCAACUGUCAUCAUACAUUACAGAACUCAUACAGGAGAGAAACCUUAUGAAUGUAAUGAAUGUGGAAAAGCCUUCACUCAGAAGUCAAACCUCAUCGUCCAUCAGAAAACCCACACAGGAGAGAAAACCUAUGAGUGUACUAAGUGUGGGGAAUCUUUCAUUCAAAAAGUUGACCUAAUUAUACACCAUAGUACUCACACAGGAAAGAAACCCCAUGAAUGUAAUGAGUGUAAGAAAACAUUUAGUGAUAAGUCAACACUCAUUAUACAUCAGAGAACUCACACAGGAGAGAAACCUCAUAAAUGUACUGAAUGUGGGAAGUCUUUCAAUGAGAAGUCAACCCUCAUUGUGCACCAGAGGACACAUACUGGAGAGAAGCCCUAUGAGUGUGAUGUGUGUGGAAAAACUUUCACCCAAAAAUCAAAUCUGGGUGUGCAUCAGAGGACUCAUUCAGGAGAGAAGCCAUUUGAGUGUAAUGAAUGUGAGAAAGCCUUCUCUCAGAAAUCCUAUCUCAUGCUACAUCAGCGGGGCCACACUGGAGAGAAACCCUAUGAGUGCAAUGAAUGUGAAAAAGCAUUUUCCCAGAAAUCCUAUCUCAUUAUACAUCAAAGAACUCAUACAGAAGUAAAACCCUAUAAGUGUAAUGAGUGUGGAAAGGCCUUUCGAGAAAAGUCAAAGCUCAUUAUCCAUCAGAGAAUUCACACAGGAGAAAAACCUUAUGAAUGCCUUGUGUGUUGGAAAGCUUUCAGCCAGAAAUCACAGCUCAUCAUCCAUCAGAGAACACACACAGGUGAGAAGCCCUAUGCAUGCACAGAAUGUAGCAAAGCAUUCAGGGAAAAAUCUACAUUCACUGUGCAUCAAAGAACUCACACUGGAGAGAAGCCCUAUAAAUGUUCAGAAUGUGGAAAAGCCUUUACCCAGAAAUCAAACCUUAUUGUACAUCAGAGGACCCACACAGGAAAGAAGGCCCAUGGAAGAGGCCAUACCCACAAUUCAAAACUUGCCGCACAAUAGGAAACAAAGCAAUAUUGUCUAAUAUACCCCAAAAGAAAGGUAUAUUAAUUUAAUGUUCUUAAAAGAAUGUUCUGACUUCUGUUAUAAACAUGGGGAUAAAGUCAGCCUUUCUUUUCAUCUGUUUUUACUCAAAUGCAACAGCUGAAAAAGAAACAAACGAAUGUAUCUGUAUCUGACAGUUUGGAGACCUCUGUAACCAGAGGGCUGCAAUUGCAGGAUAUUUGAAGGCUUCAGAAGUGAGGCAACAAAGCUAAGGACACUGCUGAGGGAGGUACAGAACCACAGAAAGCUGUGACAAUGGUAACAGUAGAUGGACAGGUAGAAGGUUUCCUAGACCAUGUGAGGACUGAGGAGAAACAGGCAGGGGCUUCAACAAGGAAUCACUUGGCCAAACCAUCUUUACAAAAAGUAAUCUGUACAGGUUGGAGGAACAGUUGGAGAUGGGGGAGGAGCUGGAGCGAGAAAAAUGACAUAGCUUCCCCUGAUGCCUGAUUUGGGGGAAGUAAACUGUGGAAGAACUAACAAAUAUAAGAAGGGAUGUCUCCUUUGUUAGAAAAGCUUAUCAGUCUUAUCAGUAGCAAGACCAGGAGCAACUCUUCUCAUUCAAAGACAAUUAUUUAAAAGUAAUCAAAAUCACAAAUGGGUUUUAAGUCAACAAUUUCACUUCUAGGAAUACAUAUACUCACAUGUGUACAAAAUCAUCAAUAUACAGUGGUAUUUUUGAUGUAUUUGUGAAAAGAAAAGAUUAGAAGCUGUCCAUAUGCCAUCACCUGGAUUUUACUUCCUGAAACUAAUAUAUCCAUACAACAAACUCCUCAAUAGACAAAAAAAUGAACAAAGAACAUAGUUAUCAUUUCUGUAGUGAUAUGGGAUAAUCAGUUAUUGGGUAGGAAAAGCAAGCUGCAGCACAAUGAGUCUAAUGUCUUACCAUUUGUAUAUAAAAAGGGUAAAAUGGCAA